UCAAUAAGACAAAAGUUCGAUCAAAUUUUUUAGUUUUGUUUAAUUUUUUUUAUAAAAUUGUAUAUAAUAAUAUUGUAAAUGUUCAUGAUUAAAUAUUAGUGGUGAUGAAAAAAAAAAGAAGUUGAAGUAAUGGGCGGAGUUUGCGCCUGUUGAAAUACGAGGUAAAAAACGUUGUUUUACGAAAACAUAUAUUUUUGAUAUAAUAUUUUGGAAUAAUAUUCCAAAGGAUCAGUUUCAAGGUAUUUUUAUGAAGCUUUGUAAAAAUUUGAAGUUCACGGAUACAGGUUAAGCGAACAGGAUUAGGAAAAGCGGUGAAAUCGCAUCAUAAAUAAAAUGGAUGCGCACGCGGAUAAUAAUACACAAGAGCAAGUGAGAAAAGGGCUUUAGGUAGAAAAAGAAGGAAAUGAAUCAGCCAUUCUGAUUGGUCGAGGCGGCUAUUAUGGCCGCCGAUUGGCGCACGCAUGUACGCACACCAAGCUUUGAUGUAUACACGAACGCACGAACACGUGCGUGUAUCAGGAGCGUAGCAGUCGCUCGCGGCCGAGAAGAGUGAAAAGAGCGACAGAAACGGUCGGUCCGCGCGUUGCCUUGUAAGGCGGAGAGUUGGUGUGUGACGUCCGUGCGCGGAUGGCUCGAAGAACGCCGAUUUUCCUCAGCUUAUACAAGUAUCCUUGCUGAGCAGAGGAAAGAACAAGUGAAAGGAGAGUGCGGGCCGGGCGCGACGCCGACCGUCGACAUAACCACGUAUACGUAAAAUCCGACAAUCCGUCAAGUUUAAAGCUGCCGAAGGCACCAUUUUCAUCAUCUCUAUAGUGUGUAUAGCAAACUAGAAACUGUUAUUAGACGUAAUGUGAGUGUUCUUGAGCAAGGAAGGAAAUAUAUAAUAGUGAGAAAGUUUUUAUCAAUCAUAAAGUGAAAGAACGGGACGUUUGUUUGUACAGUCGUGUUUUUCCGCAUCAUCUGGUAUACGAUAUACAUCCGCGAGUGUUGUGUGAACAAAUUCACUCUUGCGACGGAAACAAAAAAGAAGGAAAGAAACGGCGACGAAUAAUAUUCUUAGUGCUGUAGUCUACAGUUGAUGGAUGAAACUAGCAGAAUGCUGCAACACGGAGGAUCAGGUGUGGGUCUGAUGGGAGGAAAUCAGGGUCAGGGGGCCCAAAAUACUGCCGGAUAUGGUAGUAUGGGACCUGUGGAUGGAACUGCAACACAAGGUCCGGAUCAGGCUGUUGAGGCUAGAAAACAGGAUAUCAGUGAGAUUUUGCAACAAAUUAUGAAUAUCACCGAUCAAAGCUUGGACGAGGCACAAGCGAGAAAACAUACUUUAAACUGUCACAGAAUGAAGCCAGCCCUGUUUUCAGUUUUGUGUGAAAUUAAAGAGAAAACAGUGCUAUCUUUAAGAAAUACUCAGGAAGAGGAACCACCGGAUCCUCAAUUAAUGAGGUUGGAUAACAUGUUGAUCGCAGAGGGUGUUGCUGGACCGGAAAAGGGUGGUGGUGCUGGAGCGGCGGCCUCUGCAGCGGCUGCAGCCGCUGCUGGAGGACCACCUGGACAACCUGACAACGCCAUCGAACAUUCGGACUACAGAGCCAAACUUGCCCAAAUUAGACAGAUUUAUCAUCAAGAGUUGGAGAAAUACGAACAGGCGUGUAACGAGUUCACAACUCACGUAAUGAAUUUAUUGAGGGAACAAAGUCGUACCAGGCCAAUCACGCCAAAAGAGAUCGAGAGGAUGGUUCAGAUUAUUCAUAAGAAGUUCUCCAGCAUUCAAAUGCAACUGAAACAGUCUACCUGUGAGGCUGUGAUGAUUUUGAGGAGUCGAUUCCUCGAUGCAAGGCGUAAAAGACGAAACUUUAGCAAACAAGCCUCUGAAAUUCUCAACGAGUAUUUCUAUUCACACCUGAGUAAUCCAUAUCCAAGCGAAGAAGCUAAAGAAGAACUCGCACGAAAAUGUGGAAUCACCGUGAGUCAGGUUUCUAAUUGGUUCGGCAACAAGAGGAUACGCUACAAGAAAAACAUAGGUAAAGCACAGGAGGAGGCGAACUUGUACGCAGCCAAAAAGGCAGCUGCAGCUUUUGCAGGAGCGUCGCCGUACAGUAUGGGUGGUGCCAGCCAAGGCACCCCGACGCCGAUGAUGUCGCCGGCGCCACCUGGUGGCCCGCAAGACAUGGCCGGAUACGGGAUGGGCAUAAAUGGUAGCGAUUAUGGCUCGCAACCGUACAACGAUGGCUCGAUGGGCUACGACCCUAUGCACCAGGGCAAGGCAUUGGCUGGGGGGCCAGGCGCGGCGGGAUGGAUGCAGCAACGCGAGGCGGUUCCGGAAUUUCCGCCGCUCCACGAUUCAGCGGACUCUGAUUCUGACCGAGAGAAUGAAAAACGACCGCGCGUCUAAAAUUACUUUUGGAAAUGAGCGAGCUAUAUAGUAUGGUAACGAGACUAAUAAAACGAGAUAUAUACGUACCGAAAGAAAAGAGAGAGAGAGAGAGAGAGAGAGAGAGGAGAAAAGAGAAAAAGGGAAAAACGCAACAAGAAAAACGAGGGGAAAAAAAAAGAGGAAAAACAUAGAGCAGAGUGUAUGUCAGAGAAAUGGAAAAAAAAAAAAAAAAAAGAAAGAAAGAAAAGCAGACGUACUGCUAACCGGACAACCAGGAACUACUACGUCGUCACCCACUAUACCGACACGCACAUGCUCUCGUUGUGCAUACGGCCACAUACACCCACAUACGUAUACACACAUGCGAUAUACGCGCACCUCCGAGCCACACACAUGGAAAUAAUGUUCGUUGGUGUUCCUACGAUUAAUGAUAACAUUAGUUUCUCCGGUUUUGAAACAUUUUUCUCCUUUUUGCGUCAAGAGAGAGGGCCAAGCGCACAGAACGAUGCGGCGAUACACGUAAGUUUUAUUGCGGGUCAGUUUAUACAAUUGUAACUGUUUCGAUAACUGUCCUCCUUGGUUCGAAUUUCGUUUCUUUCUAAUAUUCGACGGUGAAUGAAAUGAGAAUUUCAUAUUCGUUUUCUUAUCCCCCGUGUUUUUCAGGGAUAAUAGACGUGACUGUUUUAUUAUUAUAGGUCAUCCUAUAAGAAGUUUUUCAGUUUCGAAUCAUUAAAUUUAUAAGGUAUAAUUAGCGUAACGUUUAGCAUAAGUUAGAAUAGAAUGAAAAAUUAAAUUAAAAUCGAGAAAGAAAGUUCUUUUCGCGUUGUAAAAAUAUAUCCGAUCACGUUUAAUAUCUACUCGAAAGCAAUAAUGGAUAAAGAUUUAGUAGACAAUUUAACUGAUAUUAACUCGUAUCGUGUCGAAAUAGAACAAAAAUCUAUGGAAAAUAGAUUUUUCAAACAACAGACUUGCACAUGGGAUGGCCUAUUGUGACUUAAAUAUCGUAAUAUAUAAAUAUUAUAUAUUAUAUAUAUAAGUCGUAUCAUAAUUACGUUACAUUAUAUUACUAUUUAAAAUUUAAAAGCAUAAAGUAUACAGAAAUAUAAGAUAUUUCGAUCUAUAUAUAUAAUUUAAACAAUAAAAAAAAGGAAAAAAACAUUAAAAUACGAAGUUUCGACUGAGGAGGACGAAAUAAUUAAUGUUUCUCGAGGUACACGAGCAUGGGAAUAAUAUUCGACUCGAAUAUAUCAUUCGAUGGAUCACGCUUGAAGAAAGAGAAAAACAAUUCGUUUACUCGAUGUUCGCAUCUUCUUUGCCUCUGUCCUUCGAUCUUGAUAUUAAAUCUUGCCUUAUCGAGUGACUGUGAUGCAUUAAGCAUACACGUCACCUAUUUACAGAGGAUUUAAAGAGCGAAAAGAGAAAGAGGAAUUUAAAGAAAAAAAAAUGGCGGGCAGAAAGAGAGAGAGAGAGAGUGUGUGUGUAUGUGAGAGAGAGAGAAAGAGAGAGAGUGGAAAGGACGGCGAACGAUAAGAAUCCGUUAUAGGGCAAUUGCGCUCCUAAGAACGUAGGGUUCGCUUCUAUUUGAGACAAUACGGCAGCGUACAGGCGCCUAGCUAAGGAAAGAGAGGGAGAGAGCGUAUACAAUCAACUAAUUUUUAUUUUUUAUCGUAUCGUAUGCCAUAUACACGCAUACAUAGAUAGACAGCUUGUACAGAUAUUUUUAUUGUUAUAUGAAACCCAUUGUAUAUCUAGUUUCAUUUCAAUUUAUUCACAAAAUUUGAUUUUUUCUUUCCUUCUUUCUUUCUUGCUUUCUUUUUUCUUCUUCUUUUUUUAAUACUUGACCUUUAUUGUUUUUUACAAUAAUUUUUAACGUCACAUUAUGUAUAUCCCUCCAUUAUAAUGCGUAGCGUAAUUUUUUUUUUUUUUUGCUGGGUAAGGAUUUAAGGGAACGAUUUUCUUUGCGCGAAGAAGAAAAGAAUACUUUUUUUUUUUUUUUUUAAAUAUGUGUAAGUAUAUUAGGAAUGAGAAUGCACUCGAAACUUAAAAGAUGUUGAAACUUUUUUCUUUGUUCUUGUGAUGUUCAAAAUUUUUGAAGAAUAAUUUAUAACGUAACAAUAAAUAAUUUAAAGAAAUGUGACGAUACGA